ACAGCAGCGGGCUGUGUCAGCGAUUGAGCAGAGCUGGAGGCACACCUGUUGGUGAGGUGCAGGUGAGCCGGGGGGGAUUGGCUAUAGACAACUUUGCAGACUAAGGAUUUUAGUUGAGCAGCAGCAGCAGCGCUAAAGGUGAAUUGCAAGGACUUUGUUUAACAAUGGAAUUUGAUCACAUAAAGUCGUCGGCCGCACUCAUUUAUGAUGAGUUCAUCCAAAAUGCAGACAGACGGACAGGGUCCUGGUUGCUUAUGUCGUCUCCUCUCCCCCAAACGAUCAUCAUCGCAGCGUACAUUUACUUUGUCACAUCACUGGGGCCACGGAUCAUGGAGAACCGCAAAGCCUUUGACCUCAAAGGAGUUCUCAUUGUGUACAACUUCAGCGUGGUGGCUCUCUCACUCUACAUGUGCUAUGAAUUUGUGAUGUCCGGAUGGGGAACAGGAUACUCCUUUCGCUGUGACCUGGUCGAUUACUCCGACUCGCCACAGGCUGUGCGGAUGGCAGCAACAUGCUGGCUUUACUACUUCUCAAAGUUCAUUGAGAUGUUGGACACAAUCUUCUUUGUACUGAGGAAGAAGAAUAGCCAGGUGACAUUUCUUCAUGUCUACCAUCACUCAAUCAUGCCUUUCACCUGGUGGUUUGGAGUUCGGUUUGCAGCAGGUGGUCUGGGGACAUUCCAUGCCCUGCUUAACUGUGUUGUCCAUGUUAUCAUGUACUCAUACUAUGGCCUGACUGCCAUGGGCCCCAGCUACCAGAAGUACUUGUGGUGGAAGAAAUAUCUCACUACGAUUCAGCUGAUCCAGUUUGUUAUGGUGACCAGCCACAUCUCCCAGUAUUUCUUCAUAAAAGACUGCCCCUACCAGUUCCCUAUCUUCGUCUACAUCAUCGGCCUGUAUGGCCUGAUUUUCCUGUUCCUCUUCCUUAACUUCUGGUACCACGCCUACACAAAGGGCAAGAGGCUGCCUAAAGUGCUGCAGGCUCAGACAUGGGGACACCACAGCAACGGAGUUAUGAAUGGAAACGCCAGUCAUGAAAAGGAUGAGUGACGCAAGCCUCUGCUCAUCAAGGGGUUUGGGGGUUGACCUCAUUUACGUAAGCAAACCACUGCAUUCCGAGAUACAACCCCAAUUUGUUUGGACUGUAUUUUGAUUGCUUUUUCUACUUUACACUGCAGAAGACAAUCUUUAAAUUAUGACCAAAGCUCUAUUUAAGAGGUUUAUUGACUCAAGCUGAUGGCAUUGUGUUUUUUUAAUUCUUUUUGUUUACACUCAAGGUAAAGCCCCAAGUUAUGCUAUACAAGUGUCCCUCCUUUAUCCGCUACAUUAUGGUUUGGAAAAAAUUGUACGUGUCAGAAAUUGAGUCCAUUAUUCACACUGAAUGUUGAGAUUUGCCUAUGGUGAGACUGUAGGACCCUAAACUGUACAAUACAGUCCUACUGGGCCUCCCCAAAGCUUCUAAUGGUGAGAUCGUGUGUUUGUGUUUUUUACUCUUGUGAGUUGAUCUUACUUCGCAGACUUUUUAGGAAAUCCAGUUUAAUUUAUACACUGAAAGGUUGUUUAUUUCACUUGCCCUAAAAUGACGUUGACUGUUCUGAGUUGAUUAUGGUGUUUAGGCUACACAUAUCCUGUUAAGGUCUUUAAAUGGUUACAUGAAUGCAGAACAGGGUGUCCUUUUUUUUUUUUUUUUUUUUUUUUUUUUUUUUGGAUCACACAGGCAUACCCAAUUCUCAAUGGCUUGAGUCACAACACUGCUGAUGGUAGACAUCCAGUGAAAAGCAUUAUGUUUUAUACUGUGGAGUCAAUGUAUUCUCUCUACUUAAAUCUCCUAUGAAGUGAUGGUGUGACUGAGAUGCCAGAGAGGGAAGCAGAUGAACCACUAGUUCUUGCAGGAUUCAGUGCAGAGCUGGCGUCUUACUGAGGCAUAUUGCAAGUAACACUUACAGGAUGCAAUAUGCACAAUCGCAUGGAUUUCGCUAUUCAGCCAGACCACAAGUUUGCCUGUGCUGUGUUUUGUUUUUUUUUUUUUGUUUUUUUUUAAAGUAUUUUGCGUCAUGUGUUGAAACUCUGUGGCUAACAGGGUCUUCCGAUGACCGGAGUCAGGCAGUGCCUUUGGACCGAGGUCUGGAGUAGAUUUAUAUCUGGUUACGAUGAUCUUAAACUGAAAAGUGAAUGUAACUCUGCUCCUCUGGUGACUAGGACACAGGAUCACGCUUGACAUGGGGGUUGAAGAGUUCCACCAUUUUUAUUCAGGUGCAAUCCCAUGUUAACAAAAUGUACAGAGGCAGUAAAAACAAAUGGGAUGAACAUUAUUUUUCAGUUCAUUGUCAAAUCCCUUUAUACCAAUAGUUAAUACCCUAAGUUAUGUGACAUGAAAUGUUUGUCUUUUUAUGUAUUUAUAUAAAAUAAAUUACUAGUGUACAUGAA